UAUUGAAAUUGUAAUAGAAACCUCUUCCACUUAAUGCUGUGCUUUUUGUUCUUUAAUUUUCAGGUAAUUUGUACAUUUCUCAUAGAGUCUCAUGUGUCUCAAGUGAAAAGGGAAAAGAUCUGCUGCGUUGUUGUUUUUACAAUUUUCAUUUAAUUCACUUUUUAUGAAAUAUCUUUAAAUAUUGAACUCCUUCAACAAUUUUCCUAUUUGAAAUUAAUAUUAAUUCACUAAUUAUAAUGAAGAAAUAAAAAAAAGAAAAGAAAAAAAGUUAAUUGUUGGUUGCCCGGCAACAAUACAGACGCUUCUCACCCUUCCGGAAGUGCGUGGCUCUGAGGAAAUAUGGCGCAUAGAGCAGUGCACAUACCAGUGAUAUUCAUUGUUUCAACCUAUUCCUUUACCGCAUUCUGUUUGUAUAUUUUGGUUUCUUUUGCACGACUUGAAACAGUAAAGGCUGACAAUGUGUUCAGUGCAAGCCACACAACUACUGUACCCGUUGCUGCCGCCAGGGAUUUACGGUAUUUGUUGUAUGACGUGAACCCCCCGGAGGGUUUCAACCUGCGGAGAGAUGUGUAUAUCCGCAUGGCCUCCCUGGUGAAGACUUUGAGGAAGGAAGGGGAUGACUGGGUAUUGGUGCUUCCUCCAUGGGGUCGCCUCUACCACUGGCAGAGCCCCAAAAUCCACCAGAUCCGCAUCCCCUGGGGAGAGUUCUUUAGCCUCACCAGCCUGCAGGCCAAUGUGCCUGUCAUUGAGUACGAGGAAUUCAUUGCUGAGAAUGGAGGCCCAUUCAUAGACCAGGUUCUUGUACUGCAAAACUACGCUGAGGGAUGGACUGAUGGAAAAUGGGAAGAAAAAGUUGAUGAACGGUCAUGCAUUGAGAAGUUGAUGUACUCCAAAGAUAAACAGGGCUACUACAGGGGCUGGUUUUGGGGCUAUGAGGAAACAAGAGCUCGAAAUGUAAGAUGUAUAUCAGCCCAAGGUCAUGCCUCUAUCAUGGCCCCAGUUCUUCAGAAAAACAUCACAGUGACAUCAGUAAUGCUUGACCGAGCUGAGACACUCCUUCAUGACCACUAUGCUGGGAAGGAUUACUGGGAUACCCGCCGCAGCAUGGUCUUUGCUAAGCACCUGCGACUCAUAGGAGAUGACUUCAGAGCAAAGUACCUGAACUCUACAGAUGACAGAGACCACACCAUUUACAGUGAGGAUUGGACUCGUAUGAAAGCCAAGCUGGGCUCAGCUAAAGGUGGUCCAUAUCUAGGGGUCCACCUGCGCAGAAAGGACUUUAUCUGGGGUCACAGAGAGGAUGUACCCAGCCUUAAGGGGGCAGUCAAAAAAAUUCGCAGCUUGAUGAAGAAGCAUAAACUUGACAAAGUGUUUAUUGCAACAGAUGCAGAUGAGGAAGAAUUGAAGGAGCUGAAAAAGCUGCUGCCAGACAUGGUGCGGUUUGAACCAUCAACAGAGGACCUGGAGCUCUUUAAAGAUGGAGGAGUGGCCAUCAUUGACCAGUGGAUAUGUGCUCAUGCAAGAGUGUUCAUAGGAACAUCUGUGUCCACCUUCUCUUUCCGGAUUCAUGAAGAGAGGGAGAUCCUGGGUUUUGACCCCAAAACUACGUACAGUCGUUUCUGUGGAGACACUGAGAAAGAAUGCGAACAGCCCACACACUGGAAAAUUGUUUAUUGAUGUGACCUCUGACUUACCUGUCACACACAAGUGCCAAAAAGCAGUGUUAAAAGUGACAUUUAUUUGUAUGGAAUAUAAUAGGAAGAUACUAUAGCUGUUUUGUGGUGUAUUUUUUAUGGUUUCAGAGUUGUGCAAUCAGGUCUGCAAUGACCACUGUGACUGAACCUUAAGCUCAAAAGGCCAUGACUAGCUGCCAAACAUGAAUUACUGUAAUAUUAAACCAUGAAAUCUUCAUAUAUAUUUUUUUUGUUCUAUGUUGAAUGUGGUUUCUUUCAUGACACCUUGGUGUUACUAAUAUUAGUACAACUGGUGUCUUAAAAUGACAGCAGCAGGCGCUGUUGUGUGGGAGCAUUCUCUGUUUAACAUUUCAUGAGAUUGAAAUGAUAAGGUUUAGUGCUGAUGUUGAUCAUCUAAACUUUAUUAUAUUUUGAAGAAUAUAGUGAAUUACACCACAUACGUAUGAAGUAUCAUGAUUAUAGUACAUAGCACAUUGCUUUAAUACAUUUUUCAUUGGAAGUGCACAGUCCAUUGUUUGUUUGUGCAUUACUGCCACUGUCUGUUCAUCAGUGGCCAACCACUGAUAAGUGGCUUAGCAUUAAAACUGCCGGAGAUGAAUAUGCCAGGCAUAUGCAUCCUUUUGCCUUUGUACACGGUCCAAACAAAAAGCGGAUCCAAUGACAAAAACACUGCAUCAAAGCACUAGUAGUGGUUAAAAACCCCACAGAGCACCUUUACAAUAGAAGACCACACCAAACUUAAUGAUCAGCUCAGGAUUUGUUGAAUAGAGGUGCAUUUCCCAUCUCCUAUCACUGUAUUUCAGUAUUUGUGUGGAAUAACUUUCCUCCCUUAUUUCAUAUAUUUGUACAGUGCCAGUAUUAACAUUUGUUUCAUGAGAUUGUGUAACAGUAUUACAGAUAUUGAAAAAGAAGGAAAAUAUGACUGAAAAACAGGUAUUUAAAAUUUAGUAAUGCCUAAUUCUUUCCAUCUUUUCAUUUCAAGCCAUGGACUGUACCAUUAUAGUAUUAUUACUAAUUAUGGUUCUGGUGAAAGGUAUUGACUUACACAAAGGAGCCACUGUGUCCUGCCAAUACUAGUCAGCCAUCAGACUAUCACACAACACACCCUUUUUUAAUUCCUGAUGAGGCACCUGUUUUGAAAAAAAAAAAGUCUGGUAUGCGUGUGGUUACAUGCCAUUUUGUACAGUACCUGCGUGAUUUCGAUUUUGUGUCAAAUAAAAACAAUUUUAGGCAGAGUUUCAACAUGGGAUAAAACA